UCGAUGGACGGGGUCGCCAUCCCUGGCGGGGCGGCCGCCUUGCCGGCCUGGGUGGUGCUGGCGCUGGAGGCCGCGGCCUACCUGGGGCCAGGGUGGGGCCCAAGGCAGGCUGCCUGCCCUGACAUCACGUGCCCCGCCUGCCCGGCGUGUCCAGAGGCGGCAGCCUGCCCUGAGGCCGUGGCUUGCCCGGCUUGCGAGCCGCCUCCCUGCGCGGCCUGCCCGGCCUGCGAGCCGCCUCCGUGCGCGGCGUGCCCUGCCUGUGAGGCUAGGGCGUGCCCGGCGGCGACGGCGGGCGAGAAGGCGGUCGAGAAGCUGGUUGGAGCGCUGCUCGAGCGGGUGGUCUGCCGAUUCUCUGACGACGACGUCGACCACGAGCGAGUGCUGCUGCACUACGUGGCAGAGGGAGAGUGGGUCAUCUUGACCCCCGACGGGGACAUCUACGUGGAGGACAUGAGCUGCGAGAACCCCGAGACGGGGCCCUCGCGGGCCUUCCCGCUGGCGCUGCGGACGCGGAAGAUGCGGAGGCUGUAUCGCUUUCGAGAGGCCCUGGGGCCCGACGAGCUGGCCGACGCGCUGACACGGGGCUGGCAGGCGGCGCUGGAGAUAGACGCCGCCCUGCCCGAGCCGAGGGAGGCUGUGGCUGUGAGCGGCCAGCGAGUCUCGUGGCAGGAGGCCUCGGGCAGGCUGUCGGCCGCGGAGCGGGCCAACCUGCUGCGCUUGGGCAUGGCCGUGGCUCGCCUAGGCGGGAAGCUUCUGGAGGCUCCUGUGGCUGGUCAGGCCUGGAUCGCCCUCAGCGGCGGGCCCGGCGUCGCGGUCGGGUCGGAGGUCGUCGUGACGGACAGCGAGGGCCUGAGCUUCGAGGGCGGGCCCGAGCCUUUCGGCGUGCUGAGGACCUCCGACGGCAGCAUGGUGCGACUCGUUCGUCUGGAUGCUGGAGCAGCCCCAGGACGCGUGAGCGAGGAGGCCGCGGUCUGGCAAGACCUAGGCAGAGGCCAUGGCCGUGCCGCGGGGCCCGAUCGCCGACGCGCUGAAGCCGCGUUGCCACUCGAGGAUGAUGGCCCCGUUGAGCGUGUCGGCGGCGCUGCUACGCCCGAGCUGGCGCUGCCUCCCGUGGCGGAGCCGCUGGGGGAGGAGAGAGACGCCGACGCCCGCGCGCUCUGGGUUGACAACGACGAGCAGGGCGAGCGUUUCAAGCGAUGGCGGGACGUGGUAGGUGAGUCGAGGCAGGAGCACUACCCGGACGCGAAGGUGGACGGACCGCCGGGGGCUCUCCACAUGCUGAAGCACAUGGAGAGGCACGGAGGCGACCCGCGGCUCUGGCUCGACCUCUUCAUCCGCAUGAAGGGCCUGGGUCAGAAUGACCGCGUGGUGCACGAGCUGAGGACGAUCGUGGAGGCUUUGUACCAGGGCGGGGUAUACGAUCAGCUGAACAUGGGCGGCCUCAUGAUGGUGGAGGUGUUGACUCGCCGAGUCGCCGCUGUGGUGGAUGCCUACUCGGACCCGACCAAGCCGAGCUGGACGAACACACGCUUCUUCGAGGGCGUGAGCUCGGUGGAGGACGUCUCGGGGCCAGAGCUCAGGGGCUACGUCCACCGGCGGGCGAAGGAGCAGCGCGAGAUAGAGCAGGCGCAAGGUCAACGGUAUAUCGUCGAGGCCAUCAACUGGAUGUCGGGCUACGACUCGCACCCUGGCCCAGCCAAUGACAUGCAGCGGGAUGUGCUUGAGCGCUUCGAGGGCCUCGUGCGGGGCCGGCAGCCGGACGCCAAGUUGCAGGAGCCGCAGGCGGCCCUUCGGGAGCUGCUGCGGGGUCGCUCGCCAUGCGAUGGGCGCGGCGGCCCGACGACGGUCGCCUCCUACAGUGCAGGGCUCGUCAGCAUGCCGACGGACGUGAGCGACUGCCCGCGUUUGGAGGACCUCUUGCCUGGCGAGGCCCUUACCUUCCUGCAGGAGCGCCAAGAGCGCAUGCUACGAGAGACACCUUUGCCGACCGAUGUCGAGCCGUACUUCGACUCGGUCCUCAAAUUUAACCACAAGGAGUACCGCGGCCUGGUGCGUCGGCUUCUGUCAGCUGGCAUCCUGGGGUGGACUCUGUCACCGAAAGAGAGGAUUGGGAUGUUUUUUGUGUGGAAGGAUGGGCGGCGCCGACUUCGUCUCAUAGUCGACGCCCGCCGUACUAACGCCCACUUCAGAGACCCACCUGGGGUAGAGCUAUUGAGCAGUGAGGGCCUCGCCAGGAUCGAGGUUCAGAUGCCAGACUCUGGCUUCUCGAGCUACGAGGACCUCCGCGCCGCGUCGCAUGCGCAGCAGGUGUACAUCGGCAUGGCGGACGUGAAGGACUGCUUUCAUCGAAUGCGUAUCGAUUCAGCCCUUUCGCAGUACUUCUGCCUGCCGCCAGUCAAGGCUGGGGCCUUUGGCGUGUCCGAGGUCGAGGGGACCAAGGAAGUCAGGCACUAUGUAUACGUGGACAACUUGGGGGUCUUUUCGCUGUUCUCCGAGCUUGUGAGCGGCGUGAUGAACCAGCUCACGGGCGAGUUCACCGAGCUGAACCUACUGUUGCGCAAGGACGAGCUGGUGCCGGGCAUGGCAGUGGCGCUUGGCGCGGAGAUUGACGGCAACCGGUUGCGCGCACGUGUGACCAGUGAUCGCUUUUGGCGUUGCCGCCAGGCCGUGCGAGGCCUCCUAGCCCGCCGCCGUGUCAAGGGGUGGGCCGUGGAGGCGGUGCUGGGCCAUCUGACCUUUUGUGGCCUCUGCUCGCGCGGCACUUUGUCAGCUUUCAAUUCAGUGUGCGGUUUUGUGCGAGCCCACUACGACGAGGCGGCCGUGCUAUGGGCCGAGGCUCGACAAGAGCUGGCCGCCUUCAGCUCCCUGAUGUACUUUUUGGAGUCAGAUUGGUGGCUGCCUUGGAAUCCGAUGGUGCAGCAGUCUGACGCCAGUCUUCAUGGCUACGGGCUGGCAAGAGCCUUUUGGCCGCGGGAGCUGGUGGAGUCAGUCGGACGCGUGCCUGAGCGAGCCCGCUUCCGCCGGCGCUGCGCCCACAGUGCUCGAGAGGCGGCGCUCUGUGCAGCUGGUUUCAGCAUGAGUGAGAGUGGAAAAUGGGAACUCAAGGGUCUUCCCGAGGACGAGGAGGAGCUGGGCCAGUGGGACGUCGUGAGGGACUUCCCGGAGGUGCCCGCUCGGGGGCUCCGCGCAGGGCGGGUCUCCGCCAGGGCCGAGCCCGAGCGGGCGGCCGAUGGCGUCGCGGCCCGCGAUGCAGCCUGGGCGCCCUCGAGCGCCAGAUGGGCGGGAGCGCUCUCGAAGCCCCCGGCAGGCCAGGGGGCGAGGCGCACGCGGCAGCUGGUCCCUGCGCCGCCGAUAGCGCCGCUGCCGCUGCCGGCAGCUCGGCGGGAGCGUCAGCUGGGCGAGUCGGGGCUCUUGAAGACAGCUGUGCUGAGCCGACCCCUGCCGCGGAGCCUGGGGCAGGUGGUGGAGGACCUGACGAAGGUGCCUGUGCCAGCGGAGCCCGUUCGGGGAGCGCGAGAGAGCGUCGGCUCCUCCGACAGCGGGAGCUCCGAGCCCGAGGUCGUGACCGGCGCCGCGCGGCUGCGCAGGCUCGCGCAGUCGCAGAAGCGCCGUGCUCGCCACUACGGGACGCCUGCCGACGAGGAGGGUUUCUCUCUCCUGGAGCGGGAGGCCGUGCGGACCCCGACGCAGCGCGAGUACCAGAGGGCCUGGGACGGAUGGCGGGACUUUGCCCGUCGAAGCUGGCCCUCGGUCGACAUCGACGAGGUCAUGAAGAGCAGAGACGAUUCCGAGGUGGACUCGGCGUUGGUGAGCUACCUGAACGGCCUGUACCACGCCGGGACUCACCUCUCCUGGGCCGAGAAGCUGAUGGCGGGGGUGUUGCAUUUCAACCCCGACUUCUCGCGCUACGGAGCUCGGCGCCUCCCCCGGGGCUGGAGAUGCCUCCGGCCUUGGCGGCGCCUGGAGCCGCCGCGGACGAGGAAGCCGUGGCCGCUGGCUCUGUGGCGCGCUAUGGCGUGGCGCAUGAAGGCCCGUGGCAGUCUUCAAAUGGCGGUGUUCACGUUGAUAGCAGUCAGCGUGUAUGCUCGCCCCAGCAGCCUUUUGCUCCUGAAGCCGGCCUGCCUGGUGCCGCCGGCGCCGGGAGUGUGCGAGUUCUGGACCUUGAGGCUCUUUCCAGAGGAGGAGGACCUGAGGGACAAGACGGGCCUGGGGGACGUGUCGCUAGAGUUAGACUCGCCUUGGAUUCGCUUCUUGGACUCUGUGCUGCGCCAGAUGAAGAAGGAAGGCCACCCCGAGUGCCUGUGGAACUUCACGUACCCAGAGUACUGCAAGAUGUUCAGCCUGGCCUCCAAGACCUGCAGCAGCGCGCAACAAAACGUGUUCCUGGUCUGCGAGGCUCAGCUCGCGGACAUCAUUUUGGGGCGCGCCUCGCCAGUCGACUUGCGGGAGCUCGACCACGCCUGA